AUGGAAGAAGAAGCGUACAGAGAUUUGGGAGAAGUAGAAUCAUUAUACUGUACUCAUUCUUAUCGCUUUGUCCAACAGGGUGGAGUUCAUCAUGCCUUGAAUCCGGACCCAUACAGAGGAGUUUUUGGUACAGAUGGAGAGAAGUAUGCAAAAGAUGUGCAGGAUCUGAUUGACUUUGGAACUUCUGGCAAUGUUGCUGCUUUUGUAUCUGAAGCAAUUCAGGGAGUGGGAGGGAUUGUAGAACUGGCCCCUGGUUAUUUGCCUCCUGUUUAUAGCAGUAUAAAGAAAGCAGGAGGCCUUUGUAUUGCUGAUGAGGUUCAGUCUGGGUUCGCUCGCACAGGGAGCCACUUCUGGGGGUUUGAGACCCAAGGUGUGGUGCCUGACAUUGUGACAAUGGCAAAGGGCAUUGGAAAUGGCAUUCCCCUUGGGGCGGUGGUAACCACUCCUGAGAUUGCAGAGGUUUUGAGUCGCCGCUUGUACUUCAACACCUUUGGUGGGAAUCCAGUAUGUACUGCCGCAGGAUUGGCAGUUCUGAGAGUCAUUGAGAAAGAAAAUCUUCAGGAGAACGCUCUUGUUGUUGGGUCAUACGUGAAAGAAAGACUAAAUGCACUCAAGGAUAAAUAUGAAAUUAUUGGGGAUGUGAGGGGAAGAGGACUUAUGCUAGGAGUUGAACUUGUCACUGAUCGCCAGCAGAAAACUCCUGCAAAGGCUGAAACUCUGCACAUAAUGGACCAGAUGAAAGAAUUGGGAGUGCUGAUUGGGAAAGGAGGAUACCAUGGAAAUGUAUUUAGAAUCACACCUCCCCUCUGCUUCACCAAGGAAGAUGCAGAUUUCCUUGUAGAUGCAAUGGAUCACGCAAUGUCUAAGAUGUGAAGCCCCUCCAUCUUUUCUGAGCGAGGCUCCUCCAUCUAAAUUUGGACAAAGAUGUCUAUAUAUAAUCUGUCUUAAGUUAUAUUUUAAAGUCUGUGAGUCAAAAUAACUAAAAUAUACAUAUAUACCAAGUUCCUGCUUGAAUACAA